AUGCUUGUCGAGCGUGCCACCGUCAGCCAAGGCUACCAGCUGCCUUCGUCGUACCCGUCGUCGAUUGCCUCGUCCUGGUCGCGGCCCGAGCGCAGCGUCUGGUUCCAGUCCAAGGCCAUCAUCAUCACGUCGAUCUUCCUCGCCAUCUUCAUUGUCCUCUUUAUCGGCGCCGCCGUCUUCCUGCGCGACCGCAAGGACGACGAGUUCCUCGAAGAGUCGGACGAGGCGCAGUUCGAGUGGAUGAAGAGCGAGCGGGUGCAGGCGGGCCUCGCCGUCGACGGCUCCAGCGGCGAUCAGGAAAACGAAGGUGGACGAGCAGGUGGGCAAGGCAGAGGAGGCGAGCGUGAAAGCAAGACCAAGCGGCGGAAGGACAAGGUCAAGAAGGCCUUUGGGCUCGGCAGGUCGAAGGAAAAGGACGGCGCAGCGGAGGGCGGCGAUCCUGCGUCCACCGUGGACCGCGAGCCGUCGAGCGGGUCGUCGACCGCUGUCCGUCGGGGCCGCUACCUCGCCGCACGCUGGGCUCGCGUCCCCACAAGGAAAAAGGCCGGCGACAGCAGGGAAACCUUUGUCGGCAGCAGCGACACGGCAUCGAUCCGUUCGAGUCGCAGCAAUCGCAGGCCUGCGCUGGGCCCGCCUGCAACCUCGGACCGGGUCGAGAUCACCUACGACGACCGCCACAGCGACGACCGCUCCGCCGGGACGCUGGCCGGGACGACCCAGUCCGAUGUGCGAAGCCGCGCUGGCCGUUCGGCCUCGUCGGCCUCGUCUGCGGAACGGCGAGCCGACCCGGACGCGCACUCGUUGCGUCCGCCUCCGACGCCUCCGCCCCACAGCGACGCAGCGUUGGUGCAGCAGCCCGCCGGACCACGCCAGAGCCGAGACUCUGCCAGUGGCGUGGCACCGUCGCCCGGGCCAGCCAACCGGGUUCUGGACCAGGACGACUUUGCGGCCGUCGACGAGGCGGAGGCCGUCGCCGAUGACGAUCGUCGCGCGCAGCAGCUCCCACCGGCCUACAUCUCCUCUGGGCCAGCCGCGAGCAGUCAGCCGCCGACGAGCGGUGCCAUGGGCGUAUCGCGGGCCAGUGGUGCCGAGGCCAUGGAGGCGGCGCUCUCCCGCGGCGACCUCAAGCGCGGGCUGCCCCCUCCCGAGCACCGCGAUCCGAACCUCCCUGCCGAGGUCCUCGGUAUGGUCCUGCGAGACCUUGAAGAGGAACAGGCCGCGCUCGAUCGAUUGGCAGAGGCGCAAGGCCUGCCCGCCAGCGCCAACACGGCGCACAUUGCCGUCGACGACAAGGAGACGCUAAGCGCGCUGUAUGCCGCCGCCAGCCGGCCAGCAGCCAUGCCCGGGCACACCUACAGCAGCGGUCUGGGGCAGGCACCGGCCGAAGAAGAGGGCGGCUCGGCACCUGCCUACGCAUCCGGCGCCGUUGUGACGGCGGAGGCGGGAUCGUCGGCGCCCCCAGCACUGGCGCCUUCAGCCCCGCAGGUUGACGUCGAUCACGAUGGUUUCGAGGUCGUUGAUGAGGACGGAGCUGGGCAGAUCCGUGAGCCGCUGGCGCCGCCGCCGCCGCUGCCGAUGCCCUCUACGCCGAUGGGCAAGGGCAAGGGCAAGCUCGACACCGGACUCGGCAGCGGCGCCACCGAGGCCGGGCUCGGACUGCUGCCGGCACCUCCGAAGCCGGUCGACACCGCCUUUUCGCCGUUCGACCAGCCGUACCGACCCUUGGGGCCUCCGAACCCGUCGGCGCCGCCUUCGCCGCUGCCCGGUACGCCCAGGACGUCGCAGUCGCGAUCGCGCUCCCAGACGUCGCUCCCGAUGUCAUCGCCAUCCUCACGGCCGCGCUCCUCGUCGGGACAGGAACCAAGCGGCGCGACGGCCGAGCUCGGUCCUCCAGGACCCGAUGCCAAGGGCAAGCAGCCGGUGGAGGGUGCAUCGUCGGCAGCAGCCCAGUCUGCCAAGCAGCAAGAGGCCGAGGCUGAGCUGGCGCAGUACAUCGCAUCGGCGCCCGCCGACUUGGUCGGACGCACGGCGCACGGCGAGGAUCUCCCGGGCUCGGCAUCGGCGCCCAUGUUUGAGAGCCUGCCCGUCUACAACCGCACCGACUCGUCGCAGCCUUUGCUGAUGCCGACGGCCCCUGCCAUCUCGGAUGACGACGACCAGGUCGCCAGCAGGCCGUCCCGGGACGCUGGUCGCAUGGCUUCGACCCAGCCUUCGGCGUCGGCGCCACCGCCAUCCGCGCCCGACCUGGACUGA